GUUUGAACUAAUCGGAGGAGGACUUUUAUUCCUUUCUUUCUUUAUUUUUUAUUUUAUUUUUUAUUUUAUUGGUUUUCAAUCGUAUUUCUUUUUUCCCUCCUUCAAGACAUCCCAAUCUCUCGCUCUCCCUCUAUAGUCUGUUCUGCUACCGAACGUUGUGUUUUGCCGUUUUUGUUCUCGUUACCGGCGUAUCUACAUAAAUACCCUUUGGGAAACAAUCUAUUUUCGGUUCCCCAUCGCUAUAUUCUUAUUCUUUCUAAACUGUAUUUAUUUUUUUAUCUUUCUUUUUUUUCUUUUUUUCUUUUUUUGUUUGGUUUAUAAUUUAAUUUGAAAGCGAGCUCUGCCACUGUGCAGACAUGGACGGAGGUUCAGCGUAUAACCCUCGUUCCCUGGAGGAGGUUUUUAGGGACUUCAAGGGCCGUAGAGCCGGCAUGAUUAAAGCUCUCACUACUGAUGUUGAAGAAUUUUAUCAGCAGUGUGAUCCAGAGAAAGAGAAUCUUUGCCUUUAUGGGUUCCCAAAUGAACAAUGGGAAGUCAAUCUACCUGCUGAAGAAGUUCCUCCUGAAAUCCCAGAACCUGCAUUAGGUAUCAACUUUGCCAGGGAUGGAAUGCAAGAAAAGGACUGGUUAUCUCUAGUUGCUGUGCACAGUGAUGCAUGGUUACUUGCAGUGGCUUUCUACUUCGGUGCCAGAUUUGGUUUUGAUAGAGCUGACAGGAAACGUCUCUUCAGUAUGAUAAAUGAUCUGCCAACAAUAUUUGAGGUGGUGACUGGUAGUGCAAAGAAGCAGAUAAAGGAAAAGUCAUCUGUUUCAAAUCAGAGCAGCAACAAAUCCAAGUCAAGCUCAAAAGGGCGAACGGCUGAGUCAGGAAAAUAUUCAAAAGUGACGAAGGAUGAGGAUGAAGGAUUGGAUGAAGAAGAGGAGGAAGAGGAGGAGCACGGUGAUACCUUAUGCGGUGCAUGUGGAGAAAACUAUGCUUCAGAUGAAUUCUGGAUUUGUUGCGACAUAUGCGAGAAGUGGUUUCAUGGAAAGUGUGUGAAGAUCACUCCUGCCAGAGCUGAGCACAUCAAGCAGUACAAAUGCCCCUCAUGCAGUAACAAGAGAGCACGAUUUUAGUAUCACUAAAAUGUGGUUUAGUCUCAUCGUACAGGCUAGUAAGGCCUAUAAAAUUUGAAUUCUAUCAAUUUGAAUUAAUUAUUUAUGUAAACAAUAAUGACAAAUUAAUUAAAUUUUUUCUUUCUUUCUUUA